AUGCCCGUCCCAUCGCCUGCGCAGCUGCGCUAUCAAUCCACGGAUUUUGUGGCGUUGAUCCAUUUCAACAUGGCCACCUUUGCUCACAAUGGUGAUCCUGGCUGCGACAAGGACAACUGGGAUGUACUUGCGCCGUAUGCUACUGGCAAGACCAGUGACCCAGGCACUUUCAAUCCGAAGAAAUUGAACACCUCGCAGUGGAUGGAGAGCAUUGUGGCAUUGGGGGCAAAUAUCGCGGUGCUCACGGCCAAGCAUGGCUGCGGUUUUGCGCUGUGGCCCACAAAAGCCAAUCUUCCGGAUGGCAGCCCUUAUGGCUACAACGUCGGCAUGCCCGGCGCGUCCGUCCAGUACGAUGUUCUGCAGAGGUUUGUCGACGCGGCGAAGAGUGCCGGAGUUGGCUAUGGGUUUUACUAUUCGAUUAUGAAGAACUUCUAUCUUUGCCACAGCUUUACAGGCAGUAACUCCUGCACGGAGGAAGUGCUUCCUCGACAAAGAAAUAUGUCGGACCAGGAGUAUGUUCAGGUUGCCAAGCAGCAGGUGACAGAGCUCUGGACACACUACGGGAACCUCACCGAAAUUUGGGUUGACAGCGGGCUGCAUGGCUUAGGAGGCCUUAUGGAUGAACUUCAGCCGCAGGCUGCCAAUACCCCCAAGAAUCCCCUUCAGUGGUGCGGCACUGAAUCCGGACAUCCCUCUCGAGACGUCGGCUCAUCGGAUGUGUGGAGUACAGGCAGUGGGUUUUUUGGCCAAGCAGAUAGCGACGAAUGGGUGCCCAAGUUUUGCGAUCCCCAACUCUUCCAGGCGCACGUGUGGUUUUGGGAGCCGAACUUGACGGUCCGAAGCCUCUCAGAGAUGAUCCCCAUCUAUCAUGACAUUGUGGGAAGGGGGAUGGUCAUGGAAUUGGCCUUCUCAAUCGACCGUGAGGGUUUGGUGGAGAAGAGCCAUGCGUCCGUCUACAAGCAAUUGGGAGAUUGGGUACGGAGCUGCUAUGGCUCGCCACUGUCAACCACCUCUGGUUCAGGGAUGACCUUUACCUUAACUCUGGAGCCAGGUUCCCGUUUCGAUCGGGUUCAAUUGCAGGAGGACAUCGUGCUGGGACAGAGGGUGAGAAACUACACCCUAGAGCAGAGCCAAGGAACUGGCUGGCGCACAUUGGUCAAUAGCAGUGCGAUUGGCAGGAAGCGGAUCCACCUUCUCUCAAUUUAUCAGGUGCGCGAGCGCACGCAACUUCGAUUACGCAUUGAGAAUGCAACCAGCCUACCACAGAUCCGUCAAUUUGCUGCCUUCGCACCGUGCCAGGAAGAGCAGCUCUUAGUGUAG